AGAGAAUUAGGUGUUUAAUCUUCUAAUAUAUAAAAAAAGAAAAUUUAACAAAAAAACAUUAAUAACACAAUAAUAAUACAGCAAGAACGUUAAUAAUACAUGCUGCAAUGAUGUUCACAGUGUGCUAAUGGACACUUGAUGUGUGCUGGUUGCUUCACUCAUGUCCUCGCAGAUGCCAGGCUGCGGGACGAGAUGGCAACAUGUCCCAACUGCAGAAUCGAAAUCAGCAAAACCACCGCGUCACGAAAUCUAGCAGUCGAAAAAGCCGUGUCUGAGUUACCUGCUGAAUGUCAAUAUUGCGCUAAGGAGUUCCCACGAAAUUCCUUAGAACAUCAUGAAGAGGCUAUGUGUGAGGAAAGGAUAUCUAGUUGCAAAUAUAGUAGAAUCGGUUGUCCGUGGCGAGGCCCAAAUCACGAGAUUCCGGAACAUGAAAGUCACUGCGUUCAUCCUUAUCGUACGGGUGCGGACGUGAUGGAGGCUUUGCGUGAGAUCGAUGCCCGUACCUUGGAAGAACGUAGGCUCUAUGACAAUGUCUUUGAUCUUUUGUCCUACGAGAAAAUCACGUUUAACGAUUUACAGAUGAAGCCAUAUCGCACUGACGAAUUUAUUCAUAAACUAUUUUACGAAACCUCUCGAUUUGGCGCUUUCAACAACCAGUGGGUAGUAAAGGCCAGAAUCAACAGUAAUCAACGCGAUCCUACUCAAAGUUCAGAGCGAGACAUAACUUACCAACUGAUACUAAAGACAAAAACUACUUACCCGCUACCAGUUUAUUACUUGAUCUUGAAAGGCCCGUUCGGCGAUAUGAAGGUCCAUCCGAGAAUUCAUAGAUUCGAAUUCACCGAGCAAGAAAACGAGAGUCCGUAUUUUACGUUACCGCUACCGGACACGGCGGAGUGCAAUAGACUUCUUGCAGCUAAAGCCAUCAGUUUUAGACUAAUAAUGUUCCUGGCGUCUAAGUAGCUUACAACGACGUAUCUAUUGUCAAGAUUUUGUCACAAAUGGAAUCGAUCUUCGACGAGAUCUUCUAGACGUAAUGACAAAUAAUUAUAGAGAUCACAGAGAUUUAUAAUCGUUUACAGUAGCGAGAGAGAAAUAUUGAUCAUGGUAAUGAUAAUGAUGACGAAAAGAGAAGAUGCUAAUAUCAUUGUAAUGUUUAAAAAUACAUGUUGAGUAUAUUGACGAAGAUAAAUAUGUAUA